AUGACCGGAGUGGAGAAGAUAGAGAGCGAUACGAGCUCCAACAAUUCCAAUCAUGUCUCUGACACCAAAGCUUUUCCUUUGGCUACGGUCGACGAGCCAGUGAUUUUCGAGGUGGCAGGCAAGACUCAAGAGUCUGCAUUCGACACUGAAUCGUUCGAAAGCUACUACAAGCCCAUUGAGAGUUAUGAGGGAUACCACAGAUGGGAUCCUAGUUUCCAGUGGGAAGCCAAGGAGGAGAAGAAGCUUGUCAGGAAGACCAUCUUCUACCUUUGCUUCCUGUUUGCAGAGUUGCCUAGUCAGAUGCUAGGCAAGAAGAUUGGUCCGGACAACUGGGUGCCUAUCCAAAUGGUCUUGUGGUCUUUGAUUGCUGCCUGUCAAGCAUUCAUCCAUAAUCGUUCCGGCUUCUGGGCCUGUCGUGCACUCUUGGGACUCAUCGAAGGCGGUUUCUUCACAAGUAUCGUGUCGGCGUUCCUUGCCUUCGGUUUCUUGCACAUGCGCGGUAUCAACGGCAUCGCUGGCUGGCGCUGGCUCUUUGCUCUCGAAGGCUGUCUGACCGGCAUCAUCGGCAUAAUAUCCUGGUUCUACAUUCCACCCUCACCCACCCAAACCGCAUCCAAGUUCCGCGGCAAGGAUGGCUGGUUCAAUGAAAGAGAAGAGAAAAUCAUGGUCAACAGAGUCUUGAGAGACGAUCCUAGCAAAGGAGACAUGCACAACAGACAAGCCCUCUCCCUCGGCAUGUUCUGGAAGUGCCUCAAGGACUACCAUAUGUGGCCUAUCUACCUGCUCGGACUGACUUGGAUGGUACCGGCGUCGCCUAUGACUGCCUACCUCACACUAAAUCUUAAGAGUGCUGGCUUCUCAACCUUCCAGACCAACCUUCUCUGUAUCCCGGCCUAUUGUUUCUUCAUCAUCAACUUGCUCUGGCUUUCGUAUCUUUCCGAAAAAGUGAACGAAAGGUUCCUCAUAGGCACAAUUUCGCAGUUCUUUGUACUGCCCUGUUUAAUCGCGCUAGAGGUCUUGCCCAAAAGCAGAAGCCACUGGGCUACUUGGAUCCUCAGUUGUCUGGUUUAUGCUCAACCGUACAUCCAUCCGGUCAUUGUCGCAGUCACAUCUAGAAAUGGUGGUAGUGUACGCACUCGAGCUGUGGCUACGGCAUUGUACAACAUGUUUGUUCAAGCAUCGAACAUUUACUCGUCUAACAUCUAUCGCACCCAGGACAAACGUCGCGAUAAGAAAUGGAAUGCUAUGACCAAGGAACANAAGGAACACUAUCUUUCUACUACGACUGAUGAAGGCAACAAGCGUCUGGACUUCAGAUUCGCGCAUUAG